AUAGCCAUCCGWGCUUGUUUCCUUGGCUUUGUGUUUGGCUGCGGUGUGCUACUAAGUUUUAGCCAGUCUUCCUGGAAUCACUUUGGCUGGUAUGUGUGCUCACUGUCAUUAUUCCACUAUUCUGAAUACUUAGUGACAGCUGUCAAUAAUCCCAAAAGCCUGUCAUUGGAUUCCUUUCUCCUGAAUCACAGUCUGGAGUACACAGUGGCUGCUCUUUCUUCUUGGAUAGAAUUCACACUUGAAAAUAUCUUUUGGCCAGAACUGAAGCAGAUCACCUGGCUCAGCACCAUGGGGCUGCUGAUGGUGGUCUUUGGAGAGUGCCUGAGGAAGGCUGCCAUGUUCACAGCUGGCUCCAACUUCAACCACGUGGUGCAGAAUGAAAAGUCAGACACCCACACUCUGGUGACAAGCGGAGUAUACGCAUGGUUCCGGCACCCUUCCUACGUGGGGUGGUUUUACUGGAGUAUUGGGACUCAGGUGAUGCUGUGUAACCCCAUCUGCGGUGUCGUUUAUGCCCUGACAGUAUGGCGAUUCUUCCGUGACCGGACAGAGGAAGAAGAAAUAUCACUGAUUCACUUCUUUGGAGAGGAGUACCUGGAGUAUAAAAAGAGGGUGCCCACAGGUCUGCCUUUCAUAAAGGGAGUCAAGGUGGAGCUAUGAUGGGCGGGGGCCUCGAGGGACCACGGGCCACUGGCCCCAUGUAGCCCAGGACAAAACUGCUUUCAUUGGCCCCUGAGGAAUGAAUUUUCUUAAUUAUUUUGUAUGUCACUAAUUACUGUUCUGGAUGUCACCCCAAGACCAAAUGGUCAGAAGGCCUUAGGACCAAAGGACCCCCUGGAGCAAUCCGUUCUUUUGCUGAAUCAAGGCAGGACAUAGAUUAAUAAUGAACAAGAAACAAACUACAGCAAUAUUCAUCCGUGCCCCUUCUCAAGUGCCCUGGUGAGAAUCCAGGCCACAGUCCAGUGCCCUGAGGCCAGAGUGUAUUUGCUAUUUGCGUUGUCCCAGGUCUCCCCAGGAGAGGCGGAUGCUGCUGCUGCAGAGCUUCUGCUGCAGAAACAGUGGUGGGUGUGUCGCUGCUUAUCAGCAUUAAAAAAUGUGUUGAAAACCUUUAAUU